AUUCGCCCUCCUCCUCCUCCUCCUCCUCCUCCUCCUCUCUAGCAUUUUGUGCGGCGGAGGAGCAAAGGAGGAGAGACCGUUGAGGAGGAGACAGAGGGGACCCUGAGACAACACGUCCCACGCCAGAGCCAGACAGCACAGGGAACUUUGAUUUGACGCCAAGUAGCCUGCGAUGAAAAUGACGGUCAGCCCGAAUGCGUUUGAAGGCAGUCUGAGCGCAUUGUUUCCAGCUCCGUUGCAUAUGGGAUUUCCAGCCGUGAUGUCUGCAACAUUUCGCUCUUUGUUUCUGGUUCUAUUCAGCCUGCUGUCAGUAGGUGCCCAGACGGAGAUGAAGAAGGUCGUUGGGGAUAAUGCUACCUUACCUUGCCACCACCAGUUCCCAUCAUCCAACUCACUUGACAUUGAGUGGCUACUGCAAAAACCAAACUCCAAACAGAAAGUGAUCAUUACCUUCUUCGGGGGCCAGGUGUACACCAAUGAGGCGACGGGCAGCGAGGCCAGCCGUCUGUCCUUCGCAGGGGAGUACCUGGGGGGAGACGCCUCCCUGCUCAUCAGUGACCUCCUGCUGACUGACUCUGGGGAAUACUACUGUAAAGUCAAGACUGGUGGAAAGUAUCACUGGAGCCAGGUCAACCUCAUUGUGCUGGUCAAACCUUCCAAGCCAAGGUGCUGGAUGGAUGGCAAACUCCUGGAAGGCAGUGAUGUCAAGCUGAGCUGCAAGUCCAGCGAUGGUUCAGACCCCAUCAGCUACAAGUGGGACCGAGUGCUGGACAAAGGCAAGAGUCUGGGCAAACUGCCAAACCUGGCACUGAUAGAUCUCAAGAACCCAGAGAUUGUGACCCUGAGAAAUCUCACCAUGGAUAGCACAGGUGUCUACAGGUGCACAGCAAGCAAUGACGUGGGGGAGGAAAACUGCACCAUUGAGGUUACGAUGCAGCAUGUGAGGGAUGUAGGUAUGGUAGCAGGUGCAGUGGUGGGAAUAUCCCUCGGUGUCCUCAUUGUCAUAUUAAUCAUCUGGCUCGUCUUCCGGAAGAAAGAGAAAAAGAAGUACGAGGAGGAGGAGACUCCAAAUGAGAUCAGGGAGGAUGCGGAGGCUCCCAAAGCCAAGCUAGUGAAGCCCAACUCCCUGUCCUCGUCCCGUUCCGGCAGCUCGCGCUCCGGUGCCUCCUCCACCCAGUCCAUGGUGCACAACAGCGCCCAGCGUGGUCACCGCCCUCGCCCACCUGCUGUUGCAGCCCUCAAGGAAAAUGGACAGCCUCCAGGCUUCCCCCAGUCCCCACCAGCCUACACUUCAGUGGUACCCCCCAAGACCCCGGAGCCCCCUACCACUCCAAAAUUCACCUCCAGGAACCUGUCUGGGCCCACACCCCCAACCCUCAUGGUCCCCGCCCAGACCAAGGCCUUCCAGACUGUGUAGGACUGAAAGCCAACCCCUUCCUGCAGCCAUGUGAGACUCCCAUCCCUGCCCAGCACCUAUGCCCCCCUCCCAAAGACUAAGACUCUUCCAUAAACAAAGAAAUGCAACUAGUUAAAAGGAUGUAAUUAAAAGAAUCAAUACUAUAAGUCCAAAAGUACUUUUAAUGAAUGCAUACUUAAAAAGGGAAAAUAGAAAUGCUUGCCCCCUACUGAAUUACAUAAAACAACAAAACAAAAGAAAAAACAAGACCUGAGAUGCGACACUGUUUGUGUCUCAUGGCUAAAGGCAGAACUUAUUUUUUGAGUUCCUUCUUUUGGCUUCAGAAGGCACAGGGAAGCACCAUGUGCAGCGAGGUGGAAGGAGCCCCCUAGCAGAGCUUUUAUUUAUUUAUCAAAUCAAAGGGUUAGGCAUGCAGUGGAGAAAAAGAGGGGAAAAAGGGAAACAGUGAAAGCUGGAUAAUAAACUAGAUCCAGACUCUGAGCCUGGUACCAAUGGAGUCAUACUGCUGUUGAGCUUUGGUUGUCAACAAAUACGAGACAGAUACAAGCAGGGCCGAAACAGGGAAGAGAAGAAAGUGCAAGAGCAUAAGACAGCUACUGAUUUUUUUUCUUUUGGAGGGGGGUGGGGGGUGGGGUCACUGAUUCAUGUCACCCUGCACCUCCGACUAGCUGCUUCCAGCACCUGCUUUAAAACCACAAACCCCUUUGCUUCCCGUGGGUCAGGCCGACUGUGCCCAUUCAUGUGGACAGACAGUGUGCGGUGUGUGUGCAUCAUGUGCCUCAGUGCUCUCGGUCUUUCGUGCUCUCAUAAAAGAACCCACGAGAAACCACAGUGGUCCCGAGACUGACUCAUCUGGCUCACAAACAGCUCAUCUGCUUUACCAAUCAGCAGGGGAAACUUCAGGUACAAGGAUGUAGCACUGACAAUGGCGUCAAAUCAAAUGGAGUUGUUACCCCCUCUCGCAUCCUGUCUACAUCUAUGGACACCUUUUUCUGGUACUGAAUAUCUUCCCUGAGUAAUUAACUAGUAUGUAUUAGGCCUAUAGACAGUCAAUAUUUUAAAUAUAGGGGAUAAGCAUCUGUUAGACCAGCUGGUCUUGUUUUUCUUUUCUUUUGUCUCUGUUCUCCUUUGUCUCUUCUAUCUGAGCAGGUUGAAAGGGUGACAGACAGCUGUGUGUCCAUUCAUCCAUAUUAAGAAGUGCCACCAAUCCCUAGGAUGGGUUAUUAUUAUUGCUUUUUUUUACUCUUUUGUUUACCUGCUACAUUUCUGAACUGAAACCAAAAUCUGUCACCUUGAAUGUGUGAUGUACAAAGAUGGUGGAUCCCGUUGCUUUCAGCUUCCUACAAGGUACUGAAUCGAUAUUCAAGCUAAGGCACAAAGAAUUGACCUUGACGUUCAAUUUUACAAUUACUAUGUCUGAAUGAGGGAAGCAAGAAGUAUGAUUCUAGAGACUUCAAUUGUAUAGGGUGUGUAUGGUAUCAUUGUCAGUACUCUCCAUGGAUCCAUAACAAUGGAGUGGCACUCGAUUGCUGUCUCACUGAAUCACCGGAUCCUGCUUGGUUAUUGGUCGAGCUGUGGUAUUGGCCAAUCCCCCCUUUUGUCGUAUCCUCAGACAGACCCAGUGCGGUUUGAUUGAAAGUAGCUGAAAAAAAAGGGCAAGUAGCCUAUCUAGUGUGCCUUUGCAAUCCCUCUUCCCUUUGAUGGUUUCUUUCUUUGUCCUUAUCUUCAGCACACCAGUGGUUAAGUCUCUGUUCACAUCCAGCUUUGAGGGUCAACAGCAGCAAACGCUGAGAGAUACAACUUCACAAAACUUGCCUAGUAAUAACAGAUACAGCCCAGGGAGCACAAAGCAGAGUGAAUUAUCCAUGGUGAGAAAGCAAUCCCAUGCCACAGGACAAUGUACUGUAAAUUCUGUAAUCAGUCUUGUUUUAUAUUGUACAUACAGAUAGAUAUACGCACAUGAUGUCAUUUAAUUUAAUAAAUAUAGGUAUGUGAUGGGAGAUUUUCUCCCCUACAAAAGAGUCAAAUGGGAAACCCAAAAGUGAAUUUAAACCAUGUGUUUUUGUACAUUUGUUGUGUUCAAAGUGAAAAAGUCAAAUCCCUAUUUCACAUGUCACUUUGGCAUUUUUAUCUUUGAACUCUAUGUUCAUAUGAAACAAAUAUUAUCAUAUGUAAUAGAGAUUGGAGGGGAAAAAAAGGCCUAAGGAUGGCGAUGUUGGUCAGUCUGAGGAUCAGUUUCUUAGUUUUCUGACCAUCUUGCUCAUCCAAUGCUGUGAUCCAGAGCAAGAUAUUUAUACAAGGACCAGCCAGAUUCUCUCAUAAGAUAUAUGGAAUUUACUGAUCCUGUGAGAUUUAUUUCCUUUGAUUUUUUGUUAUUUUGAAAACUAUUUGCCAAAUUUCCAUGAAAUCUGUUCUGAGAACUCAUGAUCAAGGCAUGAUGAAUAUUUCGGGGAAUCCCUUACCUUUCAUUUGGCGCACCAUCCAGCUAAAAUUUCCUCUUGUGCACAAGAUAUAUCAAAAUCUAAUGGGCAGACUGCCAUUAAAUUUUGUGAGUACAUUCAUAUUACAAAGGAAAUAAGCUGUUUUGAAUGCCCCAUGGUAUUUACUCUCAGGACAAAUUUUACAAUCCAAGCUCCACCACUGGUUCGAAAUGAUUUGCAUAUUCAGUAUCUUCUGUCCAACACUUGAAUUGUUUGUUAUUCUCAAGUGGGGCUUCUGUCUUGUUUCACUCAUAAAUCUAAACUUUCACAUUGAAGUAAAAUCUGUCACAUAUGAUAAAGGAAUUUAAUCUUAAAAUGUUUGACAACCAACAUCUGUCUGAAAAACACAUGUAGUUUGACUUCACAUACUGGGACUUCAUGUGAUGUUACUGUAAGGGAAGAUGAGAAAAAAAUGCCUUUUAUAUUCAAACACAAACAGCAGUUCAGAUUUGACCAGGGAUGCUACUGCGUGUGUGUGUGUGUGUGUGCGUGUGUAUGUGUGUGUCUGUGCGUGCGUGCAUGCAUGCAUGCUUGUGAGUGUGUGAGUAUGGGUGUGUGGGUGUGUGCAUGUAAAUUCAGUAUAAGCCCUUGGGCCACACCCACACAUUCUCAUGUUAGCCAUUCAGUGAAUGAGAGGGAUCCAGUCAGGCAAAGUAACCUCUAUCCAAAUUGAUACGACUGCAGACUGGCAGUGUUUAUUUUAGUUUUCAUGGACUUAUAUGCCUAUUGAACGUGGCUUCACAGGAAGCAGUCAUGUUUUUGCUUGUGGGGGUGGUGUCUCGAGACAAAGCACGUCCAUAAUUCAUAACUAUCGUCAGCUCUGGAGGCCACUUGUACACUUUCUCCCUGCUCUUGCUGUCUCUUAACAUAGAAUGCACUUGGCCCUGGGUGUACUGAUGGCGUCUCAAGGCAUACACACACACACGCGCACACACACACACACACACACAAUACAAACAGGUAAAUGUUGUAUAUACACACACACACAUCACAUUCAGGUGCACACGGAAAUACAGGUACUAUGUGCUUCAUGCACAUUCACAUUUGCACAUGCACAGAUUCGCUCACAAACACACACACAGUUUGCACAAACAAAAGCCCAAACAGCAAACCUUGUUAUUUCUGCUCCUUCAGAAUCAAUUUGAUGGAUCGAAUGUCUGGAGGUAUUACGACUGACUGAUGGAACCAGGAUACUAAAUGCAGCACAGAAAGGGACACUCUAUACUGCAUCACCCAGGGGAUACACACACACACACACACACACACACACAGACAAAAACAG